UACUGAGUGCGAAACGGCUGCGAUGGUGUUUGAGACCAUGGAUGAGGCACCAUAAAGAUGUCUCCUUUGACAACCGAUCGAGCUCUCUAUCUGAGAAGGAGGUGGAAAACGGAAUACAUAAAGGGGAAAACGAAAACGUCAAGGAGAUCAAGAUUGCAGGUCUAUUUAAACGGUCAAGAUUUAUUCCCUAACUUCUCUCUCUAGGAACCCAAUUUGCUCUCCAUCUAUAAAAUCCCGAUGGCUUCUCUACAACCUUUACUAGUCUAAUCUCCUUCUCUCUCUCUCUCUCUCUCUCUCUAAUGAGCCCAAUUUGUUCCACAACCUUUACUAGUCUCCUUCUUCCAAUUCGCUCUCUGUACAGAACCCAAUUUGGUCUCCACCUUUAAAAUCCAUAUAUGGCUUCUCAACACCCUUUACUAGUCUUCUUCUCCCACAUCUCUCUCUCUAGGGAACCCAAUUUGGUCUCCACCUCUAAGAUCCCUAUGGCUUCUCCAAAACCUUUCCUUGAUCCUUGUAAUUCGCGGUUUGGAUUGGCCAGUGUGAAGCUCCGGGAAGCUCCGGCAGGGUUUGGAUCCAAUUCACCAAGGAGAGAGAAGACUCUAGAUCUAUUUGGUCAACGUCAAUAGUUCUGAGAGAGUUUCAAACAAAAACAGGAUACUGGGCAAGUAUCAGUUUUUUUUUUUUUACUUUUUGGGUUUGUAACGUUUUAAUUUUUUUUGGGCUUAGGCCUCUGUGGGCCUGUAUUACAAUUUUGUACCUUAUUGCAUUUGUUUUUAUCCCUGCAUUUCAUGUAAGCAUACUCUUCAAAGGUUGCGUUCCUUCAUCGUUCCUUCUUCUACCUUUCAAUCGAAAAUGAGCUCCAUCAUCCUGAUGAAGUCACUUUCAUUGGUCAGAAAAUGCAGAUUUCUCUCUGCAUAUGGAGGAAGGUUUCCAGUUCGUGCUUAUGCAGCUCCUGCACCUACUUUUGAGCCAUAUGUGGCUCAAUCCAGGUACCUUGGUUCUACUUCUAUAUCAGAUGAACAUCCAUCUUUUGAACCUUCCUCUAUGGUCAGCUGCAAGUAUCAUCAAAGUUAUGAUGAAGACAUUAAGUCUAAGACUUGGUGUCUGAAUUCCCUUCUUUGCAACUGGAAACAUAACUUUUCUGAGGGUUCAGGUCUGUGGAAUACCUGUGUUCAUGAAUCAGGUCACGCAGUGGCUGUUGCAGUGUUGAGUGGUGUCGAAAAGCUAUGUAAUGCUACUGUUGUGCCUGGCCCUGAUUAUUUGGGAUGCACCCGAUAUUUAAGCACCAGUUCACAUUUAAUGACUAGAAAGAAAUUGAUCGAUGAAAUGGUUAUAAGUAUGGCUGCUACGAGUGCAGAGGGGGAGAUUCUUGGUCCUGAGUUUGUAUGUACAGGAGCUUCUGGAGACUUUCAUGAAGCAAGAAUUAUAGCAAGAGAUAUUGUUGCGAUGUAUGGUAUGAGCGCUGGAUUUGGGCCUGCAUAUUUUGAUUUUGAAAACUUGUCCAAUCUGAAAUUAAGUCAUAGGACAAGGUAUGAAAUAGAUGAGGAGGUUAACUUUUUACUUGAUGAAGCCUGGAACAUGGCGAAAGAGUUGAUUAUCGUUCAUAAAGCCAAAGUACUUUUGGUUGCCCAUGCUCUACUUAAGAAAAAGACACUAUCGAAGGAUGACAUUGCCUUUCUUAUAAAGAUGGCUGCCUGUCCAACCAGAAACCUGUUGCUGUAGAGUUUGGGCAUUGAAUCUCCAACCAGAAACCUGUUGCUGUAGAGUUGGGCAUCAACUAAAUCUUUUUUUUUUGGUCAAAGGCAUCAACUAAAUCUAAGUUUCUGAAUCUCUAAGUUUGUUACUGUUUUAUAAUAUUGAAUGAUGUAUGCAGCGAGAGAGCUUGUUUGCAAUUGCUUGAGAGUUGCUAUGAGAGGAAGACUCUUGACUGUUCUGAUAAUGAUUUAAAAAUGUCACUUCAUUGCAUUAUUUUAA